GAUCUUGACGGUGAUGACGUGAUGAUCGUGGAUGCACUCAAUACGAUAUACGUUUGGAUUGGAGCGAAUGCAAAUCCGGAUGAAAAGAAAUACGCACAACAAACUGCGCAGAAAUAUUUGGAAACGGAUUCCCAUCCAAGGCAUCAACCACAAAUUGAAAUCAUUUAUCAAGGUCAAGAAACACCAUCGUUCAAGAAACUUUUCAAGAAUUGGGAUGACGAAAUGUUCAAAUCGGAAUCAAGAUCGUUCGAAAACAUGCGCAAGCUGAUGUUCUCGAAUUUGUAG